GGACGUACAGAGAGAGACAUGCACGUAGGACGAGUCCACGCCGGCCGGGGAGCCCAGAAGGGCAUACGCAAGUAGGCUAUCCUGUCUGAAAUUAUAUUGAUUUGUAACGUUACAAUAUUUAUAUACGCUGAUAAUAUUUAUUCGCUGAUAAGGUGAUAGAUAUGUACAGCUGUGCGCGCUUUUGUGAUACAAGACCUUGUAGAGAAGACCCUCGCAUAGCCAUUAGUAAAACCACAUUGAGCCAGCCUAUUCCCACAUUUAUUUAGCAGUGGGGUCUAAUAAGAGCAUGGGCUUUCUGAAGCUGGUGCGGCGGCACCCGUGGGUGACCAACGUGAGCCUGUACGGCUGCCUGUUCGCCGGCGGGGACCUGCUGCACCAGCUGGUGCAGACGCGGCUCCGCGGGGACCAGCUCAACCUGACGCAGACGCGCAACGUCGCCAUCGUCGCCUUCGGCUUCCACGGGAACUUCAACUUCAUCUGGAUGCGCUUCCUGGAGAGGAUGUUCCCCGGGAACUCUGCCAGGAUGGUGGUGAGGAAGGUGCUGCUGGACCAGACGACGGCGGCGCCGCUGGCCACCUCUGUCUUCUACACAGGUCACUCAGAUGUGUCCAUGGCAGAGAGCACGAUGUCUCCGGAGGAGAUCGAGGUGGAGAUGACUCGGAUCCAGCGCCUACGGGAAGUCCUGGUGCGACGAGAGUCGGAGCUGCGCUUCAUGAUGGAUGACAUUCAGCUCUGCAAAGACAUCAUGAGUUUAAAACAGGAGCUGAGACAGAUUGUCACAGUACCAGAGAAGGAAAAAAACAAGAAGCACAGGCAGCGGGAAGAGGAGCUGAUCCUGAAGAUCCAUAAGCUCGUACAGAAGAGGGAUUUCCUGGUUGAUGAUGCUGAGGUGGAGAGAUUAAGGGAGAAAGAAGAGGACAAGGAGAUGGCAGAGUUCCUCACCCUGAAGCUGAGUCCUCUGGAACAAAGACUCAAACUCUCCCAAAAUCCUCCAAAGCCCAAGAGACAAAUCCCAGAAAUGCCUCCAAACAAACCCUUCAUCACCAAAUCAGGAGUGGCCAUUAUUAAGGACUGCUGUGGAGCCACCCAGUGUGCUGUUAUGUAACCAAAUUCAAUAUGGCUCCAACUCCAUGUCGCAACCUUGACAUCAGAUAACUUCCUUUUACUCAGAGAACUACAACUAGCAGUGUUUGUCCUUGAAUCGGUUCAAGAAACGGGUGCAUUACUUUAUUGCAGGCUUUUGGGAACUGAAUCACAGUUAAUAUUCAAGGAAUACUUGAAUGUUUGUAAAUGAGACAAUGGAUGUAACCGAAGUAAAGGGAGCUUUAAAGACAACUGUACAUAACAUCUGAUAACGGUAUGUUUAAAUAUUAUAAUGUUCAUUCAUAAGUAGUUUAGAUCAUUCAUUGAUGUUACAAAGCACAAAGUCCACGAAGUGAACAUGUGGAGUUGACUUUAAUGGUGGAGAGGUUCUUUGACGAGGAUAAGCUACUGGACACCAACAAGUGAACCUCCAACUAUUCAGAGCUUUGAAACUACGUUCUUCCCAUCUUUCCUGGCAGGACAAAUGGCUCUGAACAACAACAUGACUUGCUAUUUCAUGACUGAUGUUAUAUAAAUACUUGUGAAGGCUCGGAAACAAGCUGAGAAGCAAACAGCUCGACGAGAAAUGUACAAAUGAACAUGUCUGAAAUAACAUUACUGAAAGUGGUAUAAAACUAAAUAUUUGUCUGUUUUCCAACUUGCAAAAUUUCUGUUGAGCAUCCAAACGUUUAUGUAAUCAAACUACAGAAUCUUGCUUCAGUGAGAUGUUUUCAUUUAUGGAAAUGCAAUUAGAUCAAAUUCAAUGCAACUGUAAAACGUGACCCCAUUUAAUAGCACUGUUUAGAUAAUAAUCUGCCUGCAGCCACAUAUAACUUUUGUAAAUGUUUAUUUUAAUCCAUAUAACAAUUUUAUUGUCUGUAAAUACUUUGUUAAUUUGAAUCAUUUGUCGGUAUGCUUGGUUACUCGUAACGUCAACUCAAUACUCCAUCAGCUACCUGGAAACAUUCAUUAUGGAGCUGAGAAAUUAAUAUUUAGUUAUGUGUAUGUAUUUAUUUACAUAUACACACCUAUAUAUAUAUAUAUAUAUAUAUAUAUAUAUAUAUAUAUAUAUAUAUAUAUAUAUAUAUAUAAAAACUAAGUAUUAAUAUUUCAGUAAAAAAAAAAAUCUUCCAUCCUCUGACUUCAUCUUCUUUUCUAUGAUUUAAACAACUGGGAACUGAAUGCAACACUUGUAAAUGUCUCCAAUAGUUGGCGCGUGAGUGUACUUAGGAUGUUAGUGACUUGCAUCCUGGAAAAUGUUGCUCUUUGUUACUUUCCUUCCCUUCUAAUAACUUAGCAUUCGGUAGCUGUAGUGAAUUUAUGGGGGUACUAAUGAUGAAUAUUUAAAAAUAUGCAGAAUAUAAACUGGAAAUACUUGUACAUACAUGUUUAAAGAACAUAUUUAAAAGGAACUUGCAGUGUGUUUGUGUUAAAUAAUCUUUCAACCAUUUGAAGAAAAAAACAAUAAAUAAAUAAAGAAAAAA